CUGGCCAGUCGCUUCCAAAGCCUCUCUUGGUGAUGGACCUGCUUCUUUAGGCAGAACCUUCUUGGGAUCCACGAAAAGCAAAAGUCCAAGAUAUGGCUCUAUCUGGAAUUUCAUUUUCUGUGAGGUUGUGGUGUCUUUUCUCGGGUACAUGGUUCCUUCAAACUAUACUCCUAGCCAAAGCAUCAGAGCUGAAGACAUUCUGCUUUCCCAAUUAUGACGCUGAAACCUCAUUAUUCUGUUUUGAAGAUUUUGAUGGUAUUUACAAUGUCUGUGUUCAAACAAUAUCGGGUGAUGACAAACUCUGGCUCUCAAUAAAAAGUCUUCUUGGUUGUCCUGCUGAAACAACAUCAAGCAUUUCCUUUUUCAAAAACUUCACAUCAGGCAUUGCAAACCUUUCCCAAAAUGAAAUGUCCUACUGUACUGGAACACCUGUGAACCAAAGUUUUUUACUGCCUGUAAUUCAAGAAAUUUUAAACGGUAGUGGACUUAGAAGCUUGAUGCCUUCUGUUACUCUGAAAGCAACCCUUCAGAAUAUUCUGGAAAAACAAGUCAAAACUAACACACCAGUUGGUGAACUUGCAAACAUAUCUUCUAUCAUUCCGGAUAUAACACUGGAGACUAUUCUGACAGCACCAGGAAAUUAUUUCAACAACUGUGUUCAAGCUUUACUGAGUGUUAAGAACAUCUCAGUCUCAUUGAAUACAGAAUUUACGCUUUCUUGCUGUAAUGAAACUAUGCAAAAUGUUUCCUGGUUCAAGAACUUUACUCAGAUCUCCUCGGGCAACAAUACGCUGGAUCUUGGGACAGCAAAAAUGGACCAAAAUGGAACGUACUUCUGCAUUGGCAUGUCUGCGUCUGGACUUUUAGUAUUGACCAUGACACAAGUGACAAUUACUUUUACUGAUACCAGUACCAAAGGGCCAUCGUUUACAUUAAUAAUUAUCUGUGGAGUGAUUGCAGUUUUUUUUCUGCUUGGCUUCAUAUUGAUAAUGAAAUGUGCAGCUAAUCAGGCAAAUGUCAAGUCACAGUCAAGAGCACAUAUGGACUCCAAUGUGACCAGCACUAUGGAAUAUUGAGGAAGAAAAUUAUAAAGUUUAUAAACACUGGCCUUUUGACGAUGAAAAAGCAGGAAGUUGUGACCGACUGUCCCAUUUUAGGCUAAAUAAUGGAGAUACCUGUCUUCCUCUGAUGAGUGAGUCACUCAAUUUGAGUGGCUAACCUUCUUCACUUGUCCUGUACAUACAUCAUAGACUGUGCAUUGUUAAUUUGUAUUUUUUUGCAAUAAUUAAUGACAUUUAUAACUGUAUGUAUUUCAUGGUAUCAAAUAGUUGCCUUGCAAUUUAAAAUCUAUAAAAGGUAUGUUAGAUAAUCUUGUAUUUUUUUCUUUAAUUUGAAUUUCAUAUUUAAAAUCCUGUAUAAUUUUUGCCUAGACAAACUAAAAGUUUAAAUAAAAAAUGAUUAUUAGGAAUUAUUAUGUUGAUAUUAACAUGUUUUCUUUAUGUUUCCUCUGGAAUACUUGACGACCGUGAGGUGGUAUUCAAUCAACAUGCAUGCCAAAGAUAAGGGCAAUUAAUUUAAAUUAUUCAUACUGCUUAAGAUUCUCAUUUAAAACUGUCAUCUCUGCCCUCAUGCCCACUAUUCAUUGGGCGUUUUAAAAAAGAAUAAAUAAAAAUGUACAUUAACAUGAAAUACUG